UCCAGCUGGAGUGACGUAACGGCUGGGGUGAAGGGUCAAGCAGAUUGUGUACAUCCAGCUGCCGGUAUGGCCGUUCUCCGGUGCUCGGUGUUGAUGUUGCUGCUUGCGGGGGGAGCGUUUCCGGGAAGGGCAGCCAAGCUGUACGGACCGCAGGACCCUCUGACUAUUCUAGACAGUAGCUCUUUGACUGGAGCCGUGUAUAACUCAUCUACUGCCUGGCUACUGGAGUUCUAUUCGUCCUGGUGCGGGCACUGCAUCAAUUAUGCCCCCACCUGGAAGGCUCUGGCAGGGGACGUGAUGGAUUGGGAAACUGUAAUACGGAUCGGAGUUGUAGACUGUGCAGAGGAGGUGAAUUUCGAAAUGUGCAAAGAGUACAAUGUUCAGUUUUAUCCAACAUUCCGGUUUUUUAAAGCUUUUACAAAGACGCCAGAACAGGGCGAAAACUUCAAAGGAUCAGAUCACGAGGUACAAACUGUCCGUCAGAUGAUGAUAGAUUUUCUUCAGACUUCACCCCCUGCAAACAAGCCAGGCGCCUGCCCUUUGUUAGAGCCUAUUAGCUCAAGUGAAGUUACCACUCUUCUUACCAAAAAAGAGAAGUAUUAUACGGCGAUAAUAUUUGAAAGCGAAGACUCUUAUGUUGGGCGUGAGGUGAUAUUAGACUUGGUUCUGUAUGACAACCUUGUUGUCAGGCGAGCACUGAACACAGAUAAGGCUGCUCUGGAGAAGCUCGGUGUAGUUACAGUCCCUUCGUGUUACCUGAUCUAUCCAAACGGUUCCCAUGGCUUAAUUAACAAUUUGAAGCCGCUUCGCUCUCUGUUUUCCUCCCAACUGAAGUCCCUGCCUAGUGUGAGGAGACGGAUCCUGUCUCAGCCAAUUCCCACCAGGCCAAUUCAAGAGGGGCCCAUAGAGGAAAUAAUCUGGAAGGAAUUUGAUAAGUCUAAAUUGUACAUGGCUGACCUUGAAUCAGGAUUGCAUUACCUGCUCAGAGUGGAGCUCCCACGACACCAGGCGUUAGAGGGGGAGAAACUAAAGGCAUUCAAAGAUUUUGUUACAAUAGCUUACAAGUUGUUUCCUGGCCGGUCGCAUGUGAUGAAGUUGCUGGAAACCUUGCAGGAGUGGCUAGUCAGCAUGCCACUGGACAAAAUACCUUGCGAUGCCAUCCUGGAUAUAGUCAACAACAAAAUGCGGAUAUCUGGAAUCUUUCUCACAAACCGUGUUGAAUGGGUUGGAUGCCAGGGCAGUAGUCACAAUUUACGCGAGUACCCUUGUUCACUUUGGAAGCUGUUCCAUAGUUUUACGGUUCAGGCUGCAGUGCAACCAGAUGCGUUAGCUAAUACAGUGUUUGACGAUAACCCACAAGCUGUACUGCAAACAAUGAGGGGAUACAUCCGUGAGUUUUUCGGCUGCCGAGAGUGUGCUAAACAUUUUGAGGCGAUGGUUAAAGAUUCCAUAGAAACUGUCAAAACCCUUGAUGAAGCGGUUCUGUGGCUAUGGAGUAAGCACAACAUAGUGAAUAACAGACUUGCUGGUGCUCCAAGUGAGGAUCCAAAGUUUCCCAAAGUUCAGUGGCCAACUCCUGACAUAUGUGCUGCAUGCCAUGAAGAAGUCCAUGGUUUACACAGUUGGAAUGAAAAGGAGGUUUUGGAUUUUCUGAAGCAAUACUAUAGUAGCCAAGGGAUUUCCCUUCAAUAUUCUGAUCCCAAAGACCAAAUUGACACAGUGGAGAAUGACUCACAAAAUGAGAAACUUCCAGCAAACAAACCUUUAGAAGAAAAGUUGGAGAAGCACAGUCCUCAAAAAGACCUUACUCUGAAGCCCCAAUUUUUGGACAAAUUGGUUGACAGUCGUAGACAUUCUGACUCACGGCUUGGGGACAGCAGACAAUCUGUCAACAUCCUAGGGCUUGGGUUCUCAAAUAUAGACAUGAGUCUGUGUGUAGUCCUGUACGUUACAUCAUGUUUAUUUCUAAUAAUAAUGUACUUUUUCUUCAGAUUGAGAUCUAGGAGGUGGAAAAUAAGGUAUAAUCGACCUUAUGUAUAAUUUUGUUUGUUUUUUUAAAACUUUUUUUUUUUUUUUUUUUUUUUUUUUUUAUAUCAUGCAAUUUGGCUUUACUAUUUGUUUUCAGGUAAUUUUUUUUGUUUAUAUUUAUAUUACUAUUUCCAAAAAAACGUCCUUUCAUUGCUGCCGUCAGGAACAUUUUAUAUGUUUGUUAAAAAAAAAAAUUGGGAAUUGCUUUAAGAAAUCAAAAGGUUUUUCAGGCUGAAAAAGAGGAUGUCAUUUUUUGAAGCCUUAUAGGGUUUAUUUAUUUUUUGCCAAGGUGCUUUUCGAAAGCUCAAGAAGGAGACACCACAAAAAUGUAUUGGUGCAUAUGGAAAUGCAUAAUACCCAUCUAUGUGAGGUUUAGGAGGUAUGGAAACUUUUUCUUUUUAAAGACACGAUGAGUCCACAGAUCAUCUUCAUUACU